AUGAUUAUUUACACGGACGUUAUUUCAGGAGACGAGUUAUUGUCUGAUGCUUACGAUGUCAAAGAGGUCGGUGGAGCUAUUUACGAAGCCGAUUGUGCCAUGGUGAAGGUUGGUGGUGAUAACAUCGAUAUUGGUGCCAAUCCAUCAGCUGAAGAUGCAGCUGAAGAUCUUGAUGAUAACACCGAAACCGUCAACAACAUCGUCUACUCUUUCAGAUUACAACAAACUCAAUUUGACAAGAAAUCAUUCAUGACCUAUAUUAAGGGUUACAUGAAGAGAGUCAAGAACUACUUGGCUGAACACAACCCAGACGAAGUUGAAAACUUUGAAAAGGGUGCUACAACAUACGUCAAAAAGGUUAUUGGUUCCUUUAAUGAUUGGGAUUUUUACACUGGGGAAUCAAUGGACCCAGAUGGAAUGGUUGUUUUGUUGAACUAUCGUGAAGAUGGUACCACACCUUUCGUUGCUAUCUGGAAACAUGGUGUUUCUGAGGACAAGAUUUGA